GACGGCGACGAACCCUCGGGUGGGCUUCACGGUGCAGCAGCCUCCACCUCUUUAAUUUGUCUUAUAAGAAGCGUCACCCAGCAGCUGAAAAUGACGGCGUCUAACUGGGGCCUGAUCAUGAACGUGGUGAACAGCAUCGUUGGAGUCAGUGUGCUCACCAUGCCAUUCUGCUUCAAACAGUGUGGGAUAGUGCUGGGAACUCUCCUGCUGUUCUUCUGUUCGUGGAUGACCCACAAGUCUUGCAUGUUUCUGGUCCACACAGCCAGCUACACCAAACGAAGGACCUAUGCUGGCCUGGCCUUCCAUGCUUAUGGAAAGCCGGGAAAAACUCUGGUGGAAACGAGUAUGAUUGGUUUGAUGCUGGGGACCUGUAUUGCCUUCUAUGUUGUCAUCGCAGACUUGGGCUCCAAUUUCUUCGCUCAGCUGUUGGGUUUACAGGUGACGGGUAGUUUCCGCGUGCUGCUGCUGAUCGCCGUGUCGCUGUUCAUCGUGCUCCCUCUGAGCCUGCAGAGGAACAUGAUGUCCUCCAUCCAGUCCUUCUCAGCUAUGGCGCUCAUCUUCUACACCCUCUUCAUGUUCACGAUGGUGCUGUCCUCGUUCAAACACGGGCUGCUCAGCGGCUGGUGGCUAGGGCAGGUCAGUGUGGUGCGCUGGGAGGGCGUGUUUCGCUGUAUCCCCAUCUGUGGGAUGGCCUUCGCCUGUCAGUCGCAGGUACUGCCGACCUACGACAGCCUGGAUGAGCCGUCAGUCAAACGCAUGAGCACCAUCUUCACCUCGGCUCUCAAUGUGGUCACCAUAUUUUACAUCACUGUGGGCUUCUUCGGCUAUGUCAGCUUCACAGAGCACAUUGCUGGCAAUGUGCUGAUGAACUUUCCGUCCAACCUGGUGACCGAAAUGAUCCGUGUGGGCUUUAUGAUGUCUGUGGCUGUUGGAUUUCCCAUGAUGAUCUUGCCCUGCCGCCAGGCUAUCAACACCAUGCUUUUUGAGCAGCAGCAGAAAGAUGGGACAUUUGCUGCCGGAGGUUACAUGCCUCCUCUGCGCUUCAAGAUGAUCACCCUCUGCAUUGUUUUUGGCACCAUGCUGGGAGGCAUUCUCAUCCCUAAUGUGGAAACCAUUCUAGGUCUGACUGGUGCCACAAUGGGCAGUCUCAUAUGCUUCAUAUGCCCUGCUCUCAUCUACAGAAAAAUCCAGAAGAAUGGUUUUGUUUCUCAGCUCGUUCUGUGUGUUGGCCUGGGGAUCCUACUCCUCAGCACCUUCACCACCCUCUCAAUUUCGGCCAGUAGCUCCAGCUCCAGCGUCCAAGUUCACCCUCCCCCAGCAGCUGACAGAAACGGGCAGCCGCUACCAGACCUCCCAGAACCGCACGACCAACUCCCGGUAAAGGAAGUAGUACGAGAAGAAAAUCCUAAUCUUCAACCUGUGGAUGGAAAGAACAAUCAGGACGAGCCUCCUCAAAUCAAAGGACCAGUCGAACUUCCUGACAGAAAGGAGGAGAAGGUGGUGCAGUUGGACCGCCCUGACACCGGUGUCGCACUGCCAGAGGGAGAGGCCCAUCGCCACGAACCCCCCAUCCCUCACGACGGUGUCAUGGUGGACUCCAGAAAAAACGAAGCAGAACUGGAAGAGGAAAAGAAGGAACCCCCUGCUAAAAGUGCUGACGCAGAACCCAACAAAGCCGAGGAGCAAGAACCCGCACUGAAGAUGGAAGACGGGAAAGGCGACAAGGUUGAGGAGAAACACGCAGAGGCUGCUGUCCGAAACGAGCAGGAGAAACCGGGCGGCCACGUCGUGUCAAACGAGGUGCUGGAGAAAGCUGUCGCAGAGGAGGACAAAAAGGAGGACAGCGCUCCGCUGAAGGAGGUGGAAAAGCUCAGUGGUGGUAAAGAUGCAGAAAACGCAGCUGUCGUAGUCAUUCAGGCUGCAGGAGCACAAGUCAAUGAAGCAGUGAAGUCUGCAGAAAAAGCAGCACUUCCUGAGGGAGAGCAUCAUCCUGCUGAAAGAGCUGCAGACAGCAAAGACACAGCAGAUGAAAAGAUGGAGGUGAUAAAAAAGCUGGUCGCAGAGGGCCAGCUCGACCACGCCGUGCUGCUGCAGGUGAUCAAGGAGCAACAGGUGCAACAGAAGAGACUUCUUGACCAGCAGGAGAAGUUACUGGCAGUCAUUGAAGAGCAACACAAGGAAAUCCACCAGAAACAACCUGCCGGAGCUGGGGAGGUCGAGGCGGAGAAAAGCGUCCAGGAGGGUGGAGCGGUGCAGCCCAACGAGUCUGAGCUGGCACCAGAGCUGAGAGGAGCAGGAGCUCCACAGGCUGCAGGAGACGAGGCUCACGCUGCGCCUCAGGAUCAGGCUCCAGCUGGGGCUGAAGUUGGCGGCGCUAAAGCAGACGCUGCAGCGGCUUACAAGGAGGAUGACAACGCUGCACCUGGAGGAGAGUCUCAAAAGCAGAGCGAGCUAGGAGCAAGAGGAGUGCCACUAGGAAACAAAAAACCUGAUGACCAUCCACAUGUGGCUCCAAACGAUCAGGCCGAACAAGUGAAAGUUGAGGAGAAAGGUGUAGCUAAAGAAAAAGAGACCGGUGACAAUCGUAAAAAACAUCUCAAGGAAGAAGAUGAGUCCAGACGAGAGAAGGAAAGGCUCGACGUGGAGGUAAAGGACAGUAUGGCCAAAGAACAGCAGCUGGAAAAGGACAAACUAGAGAGAGAGCUGGAAAGAGAGAGAGAGGAAAAGCUGGCACUACGACAGCAGUUAGAGAGGGAAGAAAAGGAGAGGAUAGAAAAAGAAGUUCUGGUAAGGGUGGAAAAGGAGCGACUGGAGAGGGAGAGAAGAGAGGAGCAGGAGAAAGCGAAGCUCGUACAGGAGCUUCAGCAAGCAGAGGGUAAAAUAAAUGAGAGGGCAAAUCAAGUGCUGCAGGUGGAGACUCAGGAGAGGCUGGCUGUGCUGCAGAGGGCCGUAGAGGCAAAAAUCACAAAAGAAGCUGAACAGGGGGGAGAGGGAAAAGAGGGCAAGGCUUUGAAAAACGGAGGACGAGACCUCAAAGAACAAGCUGCUGCUCAGGCAGACCCCGGAGAAGCUCUAGAAGAUUACAGGGCCAUCAAAGCCGAGCCCCGCCCCCAGAGCUCCAACGAGAAAGCAAGGGAGCAGGGAGACACUGAUCUGAAGAGGAGACGGAGGGAACUGGGACCUAGAGAGGCCGCGUGGCCCCUGAAGGACUCCGCAGAGUCCAGAGGGGUUCCAGGGCUGGAGCCUCUGCUGGAGCUGGGGGGCUCAGACCUGCACGCUGCCCUGGAGCAGCAGCUGCUGGCCGGGGCGGUGGUGCACUCCAGGCAGAUGAAACAGGCCGCAGGAGAUGAUGAUGGAACAAAGUAACACACGCACAUGUUAUUUCAUGGCCUGAAUAGUCCACGUGCAGAACCUCCUCAGAGUGGACCCUGCUGCCUUACAGUCCUUCUGAAAGGACCGGGACCAGACUUUUGUUUCUUUAUUCUCCAAACAAAACCCAUAUUAUUCACCAAAGUAUGUAAAUAUUAACUUAUUUUAGUCUUUAAAGAGGAAAACUUGUGAGAGGUCACUGUGUGAAUGUAAAUACAUCUAUGCAAAUCGGGUUUGGACUGGAAGAAGUGGAUUUUAUGUUUUUGUCAGUUGAAUUUCCUUU